GUCAUACAACCACCAAUAGAUUGCCGGCACUCUCGACGUACGCACAUAAGAAAAAAUACUUUUUUCUAAAUUUAGUGUCAGUGAUCCAAAGGCUAACAGUUCAUCUUUUAUUGUCAAGGAAUCCGAAUAAAAUUAGGAUGAAGGUCUUACUACUUUGCAUGGCCUUUGCGGCUAUGAGUUUAGCCAUGCCGGUCGCCGAGGAGAAGUCAGAUGUACCUCUCGCACCUCCAUCUAUACCUGAAAUUAAGCCUGAAGAGGCAAAGGUUCAGAGUGAAUUGAAAGCUAUUUCCGUAGAAGAAAAGAAGCCUGAAACAGAAACCGAGACUAAAACUGCAGAAAUACUUCCCGAAGCGGCAGCAAAGAGUGCAGUAGCCCCUGUAGAUAUUGCUCCGGACACGCAAUCUGCCACUAAGGCUGAGAUUACUCCUGAAGUGAAAAAGGAGGAAAUUCCGGAGGCCAAGGCAGCUGUCCCGGAAGCAUCUCUGCCGGAAGAGGUUAAACCAACCGAAACUAAGCCUGAAAUAAAGAGCGGCCUUAUUGAACCUAAACCAGUGCUAGAAGAAUCGAAACCCGAAGAGACUCAGGCUAAAGUUGAAGAAGUCGCUAAUGAGCAACCAUUGGCAAAAUCAGCUAUCCCAGAAGAUGUUAUCGAUCUAGUAAGUGUUGUUAAAAAUAAUGCAGCGGUUGCUGAUGACGUUGUAGACGCUGCGGCCAUCAACCCUGCUAUCGCUACUAAAAGUGCACUGCCAGAAGAAGAGAAGAUAGCCGAGUCUCCUGCUCCUGUAUCAGAGGUCAAAGCCAUCCAACCCGAGGAAAGCAAACCAUUAGAACCUAAAACUGAAGAGAAACCCGCUGAAAUUGCACCAGCGUCCGAUGCAUCCACCUCAGCUAAAUCUGUAGCAUCUGAUACACGAGUGGUUCGCGAUGCUGCUGAAGAAAAAGAGGAAUCUAAGGAAUCGAAGGUUGAAUCUAAAACUAUUGCUGAGGCGAUCAAAGAUGAAGUUAAGCCCGUUGAUAUCGCCAAAAUAGAAUCCAAAUCUACAAAACCAGAAGAAGUCCAGAUCGCAAAAGACAAGGAGUCAGAAUCAGUCCAAACAGAAGUUUCCAACGAAACCGCCGCUAAGUCUGGUGAAGCAAUAAUAGAAAAAGGUAAAGAGGCAGCUGCAGCAAUCAAACCCGCAGAGAUUAUUCCAGCCAAGCCAGCAGAGAAACCUCAGGACCAAAUAUUAAAUGACCAGCCUGCCAAAGAAGAAGCUAAGACGAGUUCUGAGGAAAGCCGGGAAACCGCUGAGAAGCCUGAGAAGGACUCCUCAGAGGAGAGCGGAGAAUCUUCUGAAUCUAAGCCUUAAGUUAGUUAAUGUUAGGUUGUUAGGCGGGAGGCGUGGGUCGACUUGCGCCCUCGACGCGCGCCACCCGCCCACUACAGCGCUGUGAGUGUGAUCAUCCUCGCGCGAAGAGCGGCUUGCGCCACGGCCGUCCGCGUGAAUAUCUGACUAUUCACUAGUUCUAGAGACUAAUUAAAAUAGUGUAAACAUCUACGUUGUAAUUAUUAUUGUCAAAGUAAAUUAUCGAAUUCACGGUACUAUAAGUAAUAAUAAAUAGUUUUUUAUAACA